AUGUAUAACCAAGUGUUCGGCGGUAGCAUCCACGGAUAUCCAACGGAUUACCAGCUGCAGUGUUACUACCAUCAACAACCACAGCAAACCCAGCUGCUGCAGAAACAGCAAAUGGCCGUCGGAAUCGCCAGUUACUUCCCAACGGAGGCCAUGCUCUACAACACGUACUCGUACGCUCACGGACAGUUAGCGCAGCAGCAGGUGCAACAAUUCGCUCAAUCGCCAUAUCAUCCCUUGCAUCAUCAGCCAACCGAGUUCCAGCUGACACCUGCAUUGUAUCUGCUGAAGCAGCAAGCAGAACUACUGCAAAAAUCGCUCAGCAAAGGGCGCUCGAAAAAGCCGCACAGUUCGGGUGUGAACGUGAAAUCGCAGCGUAAACCACGUGGCCCUUACAAACGGCGACAAGAUAAGACGCUUUCACCGACGGUCUCACCGGCACCGGAACUGGACACGGACACUGAGCUGCUGUCGUCGUCCGAUCUAUCAAGCAGCAAUAAUCGAUCGAUGAGUUCGAUUCAUACCGAGGCGCAACAGCAGAUCCGCCAAAAACGCAAGAGCGAUUCGUACCUUGUUAAUGAGCAGAGUCAGAGUAAAAUGCUGAGGCGAAAGGAGUCCAUCUUCCGCGAUGUUGCGCUAAUGGCCGUGAGUUCAUGCUCCCAGGCAUGCGUGUAG